AUGUCAACUUUGCGUGAGGACGGCUCCCACUUGCAGGUGAAGCCUUCGAGCCUUGGCGAUGCCGGGGACGGGCUCUUUACCACCGAAGCUCUGCCAAAGAAUGCUGUGCUGCCCCCGUACCAGGGCAAGCCGUUGAGUAUCGCAGAGUUCCGGAAGAUGAGAGGCACCCGUGAUAUGGACUACGUAUGGUGCCCGCUAAGGGAGGAGCCACUUUUCAACUUCACGGACGACCAGUUGAAAGCGGCGGAGGACGCUGGGGCCGCAACAACUUUUUGCAUAGACGGCCGAGAGGCUGCCGAGAAGAACCCAACUCGCUUCAUCAAUGCAGCUCACAGCAAAGAGCAAUGCAAGAAGGUUAAUGUGAAGAUUUGCGAGUUCGGCGAUGUGGCUUACUUCAGGACCACGAAGGACGUGAAAAAGGGCGCUGAGCUCGUCACGGACUAUGGCAGCGAGUACUGGGAGGAUUUCGAGGGCUGCUGA